UCCCUGUCCUGAUCUGCAGUCUGCUCCCGGAUUCUGCCAGAGGUGCCGCCGAGGGCCAGGGACGCACCCCGCCGCCCCGGUCCCGUGCCGGUCCCGUUCCCCCGCACUUGCUCGCGGCUUCCCGAGCAGCGGGCGCGCAUCAUGCUACCCAGCGCAGUGGCGGCCCAGGCUGGAGCCUAUUGGGAUGUGGUGGCGUCCUCAGCACUCCUCGGCCUCCCCGCGCCGGGCUUCGGCAGCCUGGGCAAGAGUUUCCUGAUCGAGAACUUGCUGCGCGCAGGGGCCGGACCCACGCACGCACCCCCGCCCCCGCGUCCCUCGCCGGGUCCAGAGUGUCAGCAGCUGCGGUCGCUGCCUGCUAGCCCAGUGCCGCUCAAGCUGUGCCCGGCCGGGCCCUACGGUGCACGCUGGGCCUUUCAGAUGCCCAGCCGUCCUCCAGCGGACCGAGACAGUGCCUUCCAGCCCUCAACCCCAGUGCCUUCCAAACCCUUCCUUCUGAGUGCCCCGCCAUUCUACUCCGCCUGCUGCGGUGGGUCCUGCAGGCGCCCUGCCUCCCCCACAGCUUUUUCAAGAGAAGAACACGGGCUGCCUCUGCUGACCCAGGACUCAAAUUCCAAAGCACGAAGGGGGAUUUUAAGAAGAGCCGUGUUCUCAGAGGACCAGAGAAAGGCUCUGGAGAGAAUGUUUCAGAAGCAGAAGUACAUCAGCAAAACCGACCGAAGGAAACUUGCUGUCAGCUUGGGACUGAAGGAGUCACAGGUGAAGAUUUGGUUUCAGAACAGAAGGAUGAAAUGGCGUAAUUCCAAAGAAAAGGAAGUGCUCUCCAACAGGUGCCUCCAAGACGCGAGCCUUCAAGAAGACCGGCUUGAGCGGCCCGCUGUGGGCUUCCCUCCUCCGUGCCCGGCAAUAUGGGAAGUCUCCCAGUCUCACUCAAGUCCCAGCUGGAGGGAGAAUUCUCCAGAACCUGCAGAAAGACUGACCCAGGAGAAUUCAGGGGUACCAGAAGCAAAUUCACUCCGAGGUGCCUUGUAUUUGUGUCCUGAGAAGGACGCUGGAGACAAGGAUAGACUCACUAGCGCCCUCUGA